AUGAGUUCGUGCAGCAGCCGUGCGUUGACCAUCCUGUCCACAGUGUUCGGAGCCUGCGGGCUGCUGCUGGUGGGGGUGGCCGUGUCCACAGACUACUGGCUGAUCAUGGUGGAGGGCAUCAUCCUGCAGCAGAACCAGAGCAUGGAGGUGAAGAUGGCGCUGCAUUCAGGCCUCUGGAGAGUGUGCUUCGUGGCUGGAUCAGAAAACGGGAGAUGUGUUGCAUCAGAGUACUUCACCGAGCCUGAUAUAGAGAUCACCACAGAAAACACUGCAAACAUCCUCAAGAUGGUGCGUACAGCCACACCUUUCCCGAUGGUGUCGCUGCUCUUCGUCUUCACGGCCUUCGUCAUCAGUAACAUCGGACACAUCCGGCCUCAGCGCACCAUCCUGGCCUUUGUGUCCGGCAUCUUCUUCAUCCUCUCAGGCCUCAGUCUGGUGGUGGGCCUGGUGCUUUACAUCUCCAGUAUUAAUGACGAGGUGAUGAACCGGCCCAGGGAGCCUGAGCAGUUCUUCAACUACUACUACGGCUGGUCCUUCGCUUUCGCUGCCUCUUCCUUCUUACUCAAAGAGGGGGCUGGGGUGAUGUCAGUCUAUCUGUUUAUGAAGCGCUACGCGGAGGAGGAGAUGUAUCGCCCCCACCCCGCUCUCUACCGCCCCCGCCUGUCUGACAGCAGUGACUACAGCGGCCAGUUCCUCCACCCAGAUUCCUCCUGGCCCCCGCCGAAGCGAGGCCGCAGCACCUCCGAAGCCUCCAGCGACAUCUCCAUCCAGCUCAACCAGGCGCCGCCAGCGCCGACCAAAAGCAACCUCCAGACAGGAGGCCAGGGAAGCCCACCCUCUGGGUCCUCCUCUGCAGGGAGCUACCAAAUGCCCCCUCCGUCUGCUGGCUACCCCUCCACACACACCCUGACCAGGUCGCACCCGUCACAUCCCCAAGGCCAGGUUCUUCCCAUGGCCAUGCCUCCAUCGCCUGUGCCCCCCCCCCACUAUCACACACACAUGCAGAUGAGUGCCUCCCCCUGUUAGGAAGAGGGGAGGGAAGGAGAGACACUGACUCCUCACAAUCAUGUUUACUGUGCGUCUAGAUGUGACUGACUGAGAAUGCUGAGCUUGGAUCGCCGAUCAUGUUAGGUGAAGUGGAGGGGGAAAAAAGUAGCUUUGGAACAAUAUGAAGCAAAGACAAAAGAUGUUUCAGAGAUUGAAACGGAAGAUUUUACACCGUUGCGGCAAUUUUAUAUAAACGUUGGUGGAAAGAGACAAACAGAAAAACAUGAAGAUGGGGGAAGAGAUCGAGGAACUCAGUUUGCCGUGAAGGAAAAAGGGACAAAAGUGUUUCCUAAAAAAACUUAGAGGUUUGGUUGAGUGACAGAGAAGAUACAGGGGAGGGAGAGUGAGGCGGGGAGAGAGUGAAGAGCUGCGGUAUAACAAGAAGAUACUGCAGUGCUGCGGAAAUGUACUUGGAAAUGUACAAUGCAAAACACUGAUCUCAAAGACUGAGGAUGCACAUAGUUUUAUACAUACAUAAUUCAUAAAAGUACAUGGUCUAUGUACCUUUUCACGAAAAGGCAAAUGUGGUUAAAUAUUUUCCUGUCUUCUCUGAAUUUCUUACAUCAUCAAUCCAGUUUCAUAAUGCACAAUGUCAAAGUAGUAUUAUAAUAUUAAAAAUUAAGAAUUAUUAGUUAACAAUAGAGUAAUUCUUAAAUGAGAACACUGUAUAUGAAUGUUAACAUUUGGGAAACAAAAUACAAACAGAAGUGGAUGAUGCUCUGAAAUAUCAUGAGGAGAAAUCAACUUUAUGUUUUACAUUUGUUAAAGAUACAAAUUUCUAACUUCUUGUACAUAAAACACACGUGAGGACUUCUAUAUAGCUGUUGUAAAUUAUGAAUGAAGCUUUGGCAAAGGUCACACCAAGACGUUUAUCUGACUCAUUCUGCUUUGGAUGAAGACACUGCAACAGGCACGCGACAACCAACAACACACCCUCUGGAUGCAGCGCACGCUAGUUUGAAGGAGGAGCCACCCGACACUGAUACAGGGGUCUGAUGCCCUCUACUGGCCACUGUUCCGCACUGACCCUGGACCAGCCUUAAGUCUAGUUCACUACUUUUUCAUG